CAUUGCAGUUGCAGCCACUUACACAGUGACCAGCGCAAUUAGUUAAUAACAUAUUUUUAUCAUCGAACAACAUUUGAUUCAAUAGUUAAAGUACAUUAAGUGACGUACAGAGCAUUUGCUGACCGAUGCCGGUUAGUUGCAUAGAAUAAAUACUAUGAUAAUACCUUAAAACUAAUCAGUGUUGAUUGGUUAGAGUAAGCUCUAAGCAAUUCUUGUCCAGUAGAAUCGGAAACAAAAAUCAUCAACCGUGGCGCAGAAAAGCAGAAUGACGAUGGCCAGCGUCUCCUAUCAGAUAGCUAAUUUGCUGGAGAAGAUGCAGUCAUCUGAUAAAGAUUUUCGGUUUAUGGCCACAAAUGAUCUGAUGACUGAGCUACAGAAGGAUAGCAUUAAACUUGAUGAUGAUUCUGAAAGGAAGGUUGUCAAGAUGCUCCUGAAGCUGCUUGAGGAUAAAAAUGGUGAAGUGCAAAACCUGGCAGUGAAAUGCUUGGGUCCACUUGUCAACAAAGUGAAAGAAUAUCAAGUAGAAACUAUUGUUGAAUCCUUGUGCACCAAUAUGAUAUCAGAGAAAGAACAGUUGAGAGAUAUCUCUAGCAUUGGUCUGAAAACUGUAAUUGCAGAACUGCCACAAGCACCUGGUGGAUUGUCUGGAAAUAUCUGCAAACAUAUAACAUCACGUCUAACUACAGCAAUAGAAAGACAAGAAGACGUUUCUGUCCAAUUGGAAGCUUUAGAUAUAGUCGCCGAUCUUUUGGCGAGGUUUGGAAAUGUUUUAUCUUCAUUUCAUGCAGCUAUUCUCAGCGCUUUAUUGCCGCAAUUAACAUCGCCGAGACAGGCGGUCAGGAAGCGUACGAUUAUGGCUUUAAGCAACUUUGUGCUAUCCUGCAAUACAUCAUUAUACCAUAAACUUAUUGAACAUUUGAAGAACGGUUUAAGUACUGAGACAAAUCACACGCAGAUCAGAACAUACAUCCAAUGCGUCGCUUCCGUAUGCCGUCAAUCGGGCCACAGAUUUGGAGAACAUAUCGAAAUAUUUGUUGAGUUGAUAAUGAAAUAUAUAAAUCUUGAUGAUGAUGAGCUCAGGGAGUUCUGCUUGCAAGCGUUUGAGUCAUUUGUAAACAGAUGUCCUAAGGAGAUCACCCAUCACAUUCAAACUGUAACAGGAUUAUGUUUGAAAUAUAUAACUUACGAUCCGAACUACAACUACGAUGAUGACGAUGAAAAUGAGGGCGUUAUGGAUGCCGAGCAAGAUGAUGAAGAUGACGAUGAUGAAAAUGAUGAAUAUAGCGACGAUGAUGACAUGAGCUGGAAAGUUCGCAGGUCCGCCGCUAAAUGUUUAGAAGGAAUCAUCACGAGCAGGCACGAAUUGCUCCCAGAGUUUUACAAAACUUUAUCGCCUGCUAUGAUUGUCAGAUUCAAAGAGAGAGAAGAGAAUGUAAAAUCCGACAUUUUCCAUGCAUACAUCGCUCUUUUGAAGCAAACGAAAACUUCUAUAAAUGUUAACAUUGAUCCUGAUUCCAUGGAACAGGAGACUCCUGUCUCUUUGUUACAACAACAAGUACCAUCAAUUGUCAAAAGUGUGAGCGUACAGAUGAAGGAGAAGUCUGUCAAAACUAGACAAGAUUGUUUCAAUUUACUUAAAGAACUAUGUGCUGUACUACCAGGCGCUCUAACACAACAAAUUGGCGAAUUAGUACCCGGAAUACAGUAUUCCUUGGGCGAGAAAAACUCGAGCAGUAACAUGAAAAUUGAUGCGCUCUCAUUUAUUUACUGCCUUUUAACAACUCAUCAACCGCCAGUUUUUCAUCCAUAUAUUGCUGUUAUAUUACCACCGGUGAUUUCAGCUGUGGGUGAUAGCUUUUACAAGAUCACUGCAGAGGCUUUAAAUGUAUUACAAGAGAUGGUUAAGGUGAUCAGGCCAUUAACAGCCCCCUCUAGUUUUAACUUUACUCCAUUCACAAAUGAUAUAUACAACUGCACGUUAGUUCGCCUGAAGGCUACUGACAUUGACCAAGAAGUUAAGGAGAGAGCAAUCUCCACAAUGGGACAGAUCAUCUGCAAUUUGGGCGAUUUCCUACGAAAGGAAUUACCCACCUGUUUGCCCUUGUUCUUGGAUAGAUUGAGGAAUGAAAUCACGCGUUUAACUGCAGUAAAGGCUCUCACCAAAAUUGCAGGUUCUCCGCUAGGAAUUAACCUACCAAUUAUAAAUGAAGCUAUACCAAUUUUGGGAUCAUUUCUGAGGAAGAAUCAAAGGGCGCUGAAGCUUAGCACUUUAUCGCUUAUCGAUUGCUUAAUAAAGAACUAUCAGCACAACUUGAAUCCAGAGUUGUUGUCACAUGUUAUAGUUGAAUUGCCACCAUUGUUGGAUGAAUCUGACUUGCAUAUUGCACAAUGGACUCUAGUGAUUUUGAAAUCUAUCGCUGAAAAUCACCCGAAGGCACUCUAUGACAUUAAUACUACCAUCAUGACCGAGAUACUUGUACUGUUAAAGUCACCCCUUUUACAAGGUGCCGCAUUGACUUCUAUGUUGGAAUUCUUCCAAGCACUUGUUCAGUGCCAAAUUCCAAGCAUUGGUUACGAUGAAGUGUUGCUUCUUCUGCUGAACCCUAUCAUUCACACUAGUGGCAACCAGUUUGUUCAUAAACAAGCUUAUUAUUCUAUGGCUAAAUGUGUUGCUGCUAUCACUGCAAUUUGCCCGAAUAUGGCUUUACCUGUUGUUAAUAAAUUUGUAAACGACAUUAAGCGCAGCAAAACUGAUAGCGAACAUAUCUUUUGCUUGCUGAUUAUUGGUGAAAUUGGUCGUAAUAUUGAUUUAACAUCUAUUGGCCAUUUGGAACAAGAGAUAAUUGCGUCUUUUUAUAAUAUAUCUGAGGAGGUCAAAACAGCAGCUAGCUAUGCUCUAGGAAGUAUUUCUAUUGGCAAUUUAAGACAAUAUUUACCCAUAAUUCUGAAAGAAAUUCAGAAUCAACCCAAGAGACAAUAUCUAUUGUUACAUUCUCUUAAAGAAAUUAUCACAUGUUUAUCAUCAACAACUGAUGGUGUCAGGCAAUUACUUCCAUAUGUGCCACCAAUUUGGAAGCAAUUGUUCAAGCAUUGCGAAUGCAAAGAGGAAGGUUCAAGGAAUGUUGUAGCAGAAUGCUUGGGCAAGCUUACCUUGAUUGACCCAGCACAUCUGUUGGGUAAACUAAAGGAGAGUCUUAAUUCACCAUCACCUUUAAUGAGAACCACAGUAGUCACUGCUGUGAAAUUCACAAUUUCUGAUCAACCGCAGCCAAUCGAUUCUUUACUGCGUCAGUGUAUUGGUCAAUUCCUAAAUACGCUUCAAGAUCCUGACUUGAAUGUUAGAAGAGUAGCAUUAGUGGCAUUCAACUCAGCAGCUCAUAAUAAGCCAUCUUUGAUCAGAGAUUUAUUGGAUUCGAUCUUACCUCAGCUUUACAGUGAAACCAAAGUGAAGAAAGAGUUGAUACGAGAGGUAGAAAUGGGGCCGUUCAAGCACACAGUCGACGAUGGUCUGGAUAUACGAAAGGCAGCGUUCGAGUGCAUGUAUACUUUAUUGGACUCAUGCGUCGACCGUAUUGAUAUUUUCGAAUUUCUUAACCAAGUUGAAAAUGGCUUGAAGGACCACUAUGAUAUUAAGAUGUUGACAUACUUAAUGACCGCAAGGUUAUCUCAGAUCUGCCCUGGUGCAGUCUUGCAAAGAUUAGACAAACUAGUAGAACCUUUGCGAGUUACUUGCACCACCAAAGUCAAAGCGAACUCUGUGAAGCAGGAGUACGAGAAACAGGAUGAACUGAAGAGAUCUGCAAUGCGAGCCGUUUCAGCUCUUCUUACUAUUCCAGACGCAGACAAAAAUCCAUACCUCAGCGAAUUUCUCACACAGAUCAAAAACUCUCCAGACCUUCAACCGAUAUUUGAAUCUAUUCAAAAAGAUAACAGCGGGCACCAUGAUUGUUUCCUCAUGGAUCAAAGUUAAACUAUUGGGAUGUUCCCUUUAUAGAAGUGUUGAUGUUAAGCUGUAAUUAUAAUUAUUUUCGUUCCGUGAGCAAUUCUAAGAUGAAUUUAUAACAAAUGUGUAUAUCUUUUCAAAAGGAAAGACAAAAUUAUACGUAUACAUACA